AUGAGCCCUCGACGAUCCUCCCGUGCCCGCUCCUUGCAGCAGCCGCCUACCGUUCCUAAUCACACAUCCUCUACCCCCUCAAACAACUCCAAACCUGAUCGAGACGCUCGCACAGGCAACCGCAACACCUCUCCAAGAAUAUCUUCCACACAUCGAUCUGAGUCUGUUGAUGGCGUAGACUCGAACCCUCGUGCGGAGCAACUCGCACCGCGUCGGAGCAGAAGAAACGGUGAAGAAAAAGAACCGGCAAUCAAACAACAAGUUGAACACGAGGAUGAAGACGCUGGAGCCGAAGCUACUGAGGAGGAGGUCACUCGCUGCAUAUGUGGACAAGCUGAGUAUCCCGGGCCUUCGGCUAGCUUACGACAGCAACAACCCAACCCAGACGCUUUGACAGACGACACUGGAAACUUCUUUGUUCAGUGUGACAAAUGUGGUGUCUGGCAACAUGGUGGAUGCAUGGGUCUACUGGAUGAGGCCUUGUUACCUGAUGAGUACUAUUGUGAACAAUGCAAACCGGAAUACCACAAGAUUUCCAGAAGCUCCAAUGGGCAAAGAUCCUCCCGCUACAUUCCAGUACCCGAACCAAUUUCCACGAGGUCUUCACCGUUGACAUCCGGUUCCGACUUAUCUCGCAAGAAGGACAGCAAAAGCAACAAGCUUGAGAGCACCAAGAGACGGGCAACCAUGAACAGUCGUGGCGCAUACGACGAAGAUGAGAUGCUAAGGCGAGCUAUUGAGGAGAGUAAAGAGAUGGGAACUCUGGGAAAACGAGGACGGGACGAUUCAGAAGAUCAAAAAGGAAAUCCCAAACGACAACGCACUGGCUCGGAUUCGUCUUCUACCGUCUCGAAACACAGCCAAUCACCUGAUCCAUCUGGGGAGGAACCCAACAGCAGAUCUGGCGCAAGCAGGAGCAACAAAUUGCGAGGAACUGCAGCACGAAACAACCGAGAAAAGGAACUACGAGAGAAGCAAAAGGAGCAACAAGCUGCACAACGUGCAGAGGCAGCAAACAAACGAAAUGCACGAUCAGAACGAAGAAGAGGAGAGGAUUCUCCACCUCCCACACCCAGCCUCUCACCUUCGAAAGCUGCGCAGGCCAACGGCAAGAAGGCCGACAGCCCUCCUUCUGGGCGGUCCAACAAUAGCCGCAGGAAUACAAAACCAACUGCAAGAAGAGGAAGGCUGGGAAGAAACCAAUACACCCGCGACCAGGUCAACGGUGAGGAUGGUACACCUGCACGGGACGGGUCACACGACGUCAACGGCAAUGGAGGUUCUCCACCCCGCGGCAUCCAUGGCGAGAGUGGGCGCAGUUCGAAAGCCAAAACACACCCGGCAAGAACAAGCUUGAAUGAGAUGAGAAGACGUGUUGCGGCGAUAUUGGAGUUUGUCGGGCAUAUGCAGACUGAGAGGAGCGUGCAGUCACAUCAGUCGAGUGCAAGUUCGAAGGGAACCAGUACACCGAACGGAGUCAAGGAGGCGAGUGCUCUGCCAACUGCAAGUCUGGUGCGGGCGGUGGAAGCGGGCCUCAAAGAAGCGGAAUCAAGAGAUGAGGAGUCCGGACUCAGUCUGGUAGAUCACAAGGAGUUUGGAACUAUGGGUAGUCAGGACAUGAUGGAAACAUUGACCAAGGAAUUGGUACAAUGGCAGAGCGUCUAUGGGAUUUAUUCGAGGUGA